ACAGACUAUUACCACUUGGAUGGAUACUAAAGGAACCAAGACAACUGAGUCAGAAAGUUCUUUCUGUUCUCUCGUAGUAAAGAAAACAACAACACAAAGAUAGACUCCAUGAUGAGUUCUCUGCAAAAAGAUAACUUUUACCAACAUAAGGUGGAAAAAUUGGAAAAUGUUCCUCAGCUAAAUCUUGAUAAAUCGCCCAUUGAAAAGAGCACCCAGUAUUUGAACCAGCAGCAGAAUGCAAGUACGUGCAAGUGGCAAAGUGAGGGGAAGCAUGCAGAUCAGCUUUUGGCAAGUGAGCCUCCCACAAUAACCCCAGUACCAAAACAAGUUAGAAAUGCUAAUGUUGACCAGUCACCCCCAACCGAUGAGCACAGUGACACAGAUAACGAAGAGGACAGAGACAACCAGCAGUUCCUUACACCCAUAAAGCUUGCGAAUACAAAGCAGGCAGGAGGAGAUGAGCAAGCCAGAAGCAACUGUAAGUGCAGCGGGUCUUGCCACUCCCUGAAAGACUGUGCAGGCUGUCAGCAGGAGGUGGACGUGGUACCAGAGAGUCCUUUGUCAGACGGUGGUGCCGAGGACAUGGGAACUGGACCAAAAACUGACAACAAAUUGACUAGACAAGAGAGUAGCCUUGGUGAUUCACCUCCAUUUGAGAAAGAAAGUGAGCCUGAGUCACCAAUGGAUGUAGACAAUUCAAAAAACAGUUGUCAAGACUCAGAAGCAGAUGAAGAACCAAGUCCAGGUUUUGAUGAACAAGAAGAUAGUUCCUCCCAAACAGCAAAUCAACUUUCAAGCCAAGCAAGAGAAACUGACAGCGAUCUUAGGAAACGGUAUUUGACUAAAGGAAGGGAAAUUAGAUUACAUUUCCAAUUUGAAGGAGAGACUCAUGCUGGAACCAGUGAUUUAAAUGCCAAGCCAUCUGGAAACACUUCUAGCCUUAAUGUGGAAUGUAGAAGUUCUAAGCAGCAUGGAAAAAAGGAUUCUAAAAUCACAGAUCAUUUCAUGAGAAUUCCCAAAUCAGAGGACAGAAGAAAAGAACAAUGUGAAGUCAGACAUCAAAGAACAGAAAGGAAGAUUCCUAAAUAUGUUCCACCUCACCUUCCUCCAGACAAGAAGUGGUUGGGAACUCCUAUUGAGGAGAUGAGGAAAAUGCCUCGGUGUGGGGCCCGCUUGCCUCUCUUAAGACCGUCUGCUAACCACACAGUAACUAUUCGGGUAGACCUUCUGCGAGCAGGAGAUGUUCCAAAACCUUUUCCAACACAUUAUAAAGAUUUGUGGGAUAACAAGCACGUUAAAAUGCCUUGCUCAGAACAAAACCUGUACCCCGUGGAAGAUGAGAAUGGUGAGCGAACUGCAGGGAGUCGGUGGGAGCUCAUUCAGACUGCACUUCUCAACAAAUUCACAAGACCCCAGAACCUGAAGGAUGCUAUUCUGAAAUACAAUGUGGCAUAUUCUAAGAAAUGGGACUUUACAGCUUUGGUUGAUUUCUGGGAUAAGGUCCUUGAAGAAGCAGAGGCUCAACAUUUGUAUCAGUCCAUUUUACCUGACAUGGUGAAAAUUGCACUCUGUCUGCCGAAUAUUUGCACCCAGCCAAUACCGCUCCUGAAACAGAAGAUGAAUCAUUCUAUCACAAUGUCGCAGGAACAGAUCGCCAGUCUUUUAGCUAAUGCUUUCUUCUGCACAUUCCCCCGACGGAAUGCCAAGAUGAAAUCAGAGUAUUCUAGCUACCCAGACAUUAACUUCAAUAGGUUGUUUGAAGGACGUUCAUCAAGGAAACCAGAGAAACUGAAAACACUCUUUUGCUACUUCCGAAGAGUCACAGAGAAAAAACCUACUGGAUUGGUGACAUUUACAAGACAGAGUCUUGAAGAUUUUCCAGAAUGGGAAAGAUGUGAAAAACCCCUGACACGAUUACAUGUCACUUACGAGGGUACCAUAGAAGGCAAUGGCCGAGGCAUGCUACAGGUGGAUUUUGCAAAUCGUUUUGUUGGAGGUGGUGUAACUGGUGCAGGACUUGUACAAGAAGAAAUCCGCUUUUUAAUCAAUCCUGAGUUGAUUGUUUCACGGCUCUUCACUGAGGUGCUGGAUCACAAUGAGUGUCUUAUUAUCACAGGUACUGAACAGUACAGUGAAUAUACAGGCUAUGCUGAAACUUAUCGUUGGGCCCGGAGCCAUGAAGAUGGGAGUGAAAAGGAUGAUUGGCAGCGACGCUGCACAGAGAUCGUUGCCAUUGAUGCACUUCACUUCCGACGCUACCUCGAUCAGUUUGUGCCUGAGAAAAUGAGACGUGAGCUUAACAAGGCUUACUGUGGAUUUCUCCGUCCUGGAGUUCCUCCUGAGAAUCUUUCUGCAGUGGCCACAGGAAACUGGGGCUGUGGCGCCUUUGGGGGUGAUGCUCGAUUAAAAGCCUUAAUACAGAUCCUGGCCGCUGCUGCAGCUGAACGCGAUGUGGUUUAUUUCACCUUUGGGGACUCAGAAUUGAUGAGAGACAUUUACAGCAUGCACACUUUCCUUACUGAGAAGAAACUGAAUGUCGGAAAAGUGUAUAAGUUGUUACUACGCUACUACAAUGAAGAAUGCAGAAACUGUUCCACCCCUGGACCAGACGUCAAGCUUUAUCCAUUCAUAUACCAUGCUGCUGAGUCAAGUGCAGAGACCACUGACCAGCCAGGACAAAAGACAGGGACCUGAGAAACCAAGGGAAUGGGACUUCCUCUCACCUCUCAGAGACGUCCUGUUUGAAUUGUGUGGUGUAAUGUAUGAACUGACUUCACCUAAUAUAAAUGUGUAUAUAAUCCACAUUUGUAAUCAAGGAUGCAACCGUUCUCUACAUGCAAUUGUCAUUUGUACAUCUGAGCCCCGUUCGUCCUAUUGACGUGGGCUUGAAUAUGUUUUCUUCCGUUUUUCUUCUCCGUCAGUCUGUAUUCUUUGACUUUUCCUUAUUUUGCCAAUCAGAUUUCUUGUGAACCCCAUGGAAGGUUGCACUCAGCUUUGAGGUCUCUUUCUUCUUGUCUGUGUAUUCUCCAGAUGGCUUUGGUGGCUAGCAGAUGCCAUUCGCCUGGAGGAGGUUCAAACCCAGGAAUCUCAAGUGGAGACUGCUACAGAUGUCCCUGGGAGCCUUUCGCUCCCGACUGCUGUUAGGCUUGCAUUGUCUAUAUUUUGAAUUUUGAAAAUUAAGAGUUGAAGUUUUUCUUAUGUUACUUAAUGCCAGGAUCUUAGGCUAAAACUAUUUUCUAUUUAAGACAGACUAAUUUCCAGUUGCUCUUUGAAACAUCAUCCCUACAAGCAAUGGUUUAUCUGUCCUUUCCCCAGCUUCAUUUUUAUUGGCGCUAUUUUAGAAGCUGAUUGAGAGGAAAGAAAAGUAGAAUCAAAGAGUCUUCCUCAUAUGGUGUAGAGAAAUGAGAUUCAAGAGUCAGGGGGGAUUUGUUUGUUUUUCUUUUGCAAUUAGGAUCAAUGUUUGCUCUGUGGCGCUUAAGGCUUAUUCAUGUAACCAAAGGUUGGGAACUGAAAACUUCAUGCUCGUGUACAUAUUGAAGUUUCUCUGGCAGUAAAGCUUAGAGUUAAUACGUUUUCAUUAAUAAAUCAUUUGUCAGAAAUUCUCAUAUCACCUAUAUUUUAUUUAUACAUAUAAACAUGUGCUCCCUAAUUGUGUCUGCAGGAGCACAUAAAUUCAACAGCCGAGAUGGGAAACAAUUAGGUUUGGGCUUUAUCAGAGCUCUGUUUAAAACCUGUUAUUCACAUUUGUAUUUUUAAAACCAUCAACAAGGUAAAUGAUAAUUGAUGUCUUUGUCAGGUUAAUCUGAAAACCAAAGGUAAUCUGCGUUAACUGAUUAGAACUUAAUCACAAAAACACUGUUUCGGAUUUCCAAAGUAGUCUUAAAUGAAGUUCUGUUUGCAGUCUGGCUGUCGGGAAUGCCCAAUAGAAAUCAAGUCCUGUUGUUAAGAAGCUCUUGUUACAUGCGCUAAACUCCUUUGCCAUCACUGGCAGGAAAAUGGGGCCUGGGCCAGGGUCUUAGCUCUUUUAUAGAGAGAGUGGGAGGAUAAUGGGCUUUGGCACAUGAAGACUACCACUUGUCAUGGAGGAAGCUCUUUACUGCAACAACUAAGACUUUGAUCAGCUCCCAAAUUUAGAGGAGUCUGGCCUUAUCCCCACUGAUCCUAAAUAAAAUCUCUUUCUCUUCCAGCUGUUCUGUGCUUUACUAAGGGAUUUAUAGAUAUAUUGCAUUUCCUUCUUUUUCCAUUCCCACACCUUUCCCUCUAGGCAGCCAAAUGAUGGCAGAAGCAAUUCUAACAGAAACUGUAGAUCUAGGCUAAAAGGCCACCUAGCCUAAUGUUCCAGAGUACAGAAGCUCGGCCCAGCUCUUAGUGCUAUGCAGGGUCAGUGACGUACAUCUAUGUGCUGCCUCUUAGGGGCUUGCCAAGAAUUAGGCUUGAGGAGUGUGUGCCAAGUGUGUGUUGAUGUUAGUGUGUUCUGAUGAGCACAGGUUAAUGAAACUGAGCAGACUGAGGCAGGAGGACCACGCAGAGAACACUAUUGCUCUGUCCUUGAAGAGCCUCUAUAUAAAGGGGGAGGGGUGUAAUAGCAUUCAUAUCUAUUCUGUUUAACGGUACCUUUUUAUUCUCUUUCAUGUAGCAUUUGUUGUUUUAUUUCAUGUUGUUGACUCUUCCUUUAAUUUACCAAGUUUGGAAAUCUUAAGUUUUUAAUAAAACUCAUUUUUAAUUUCUAAUUCACCCACUUAAGGAAGCAAUAUACAGUAACAGAUAGGACAUUUAAUGAGGAGAAUUGAAUUUGAAUGCUAGCUAUAUUCUAGUUAAUAUUUUAAACUUGUCUCUGAAUCUCUUACCUCAUUGAGCUAGCAGAUAAACUAGUAACCUACUGGGAACUAAGCAUCAAGCCAACAGUCGAGUGUCUUCCAGCUGCUGGUUGCUCAACACAGUACAGCCUGUUCUUCUAGUGAGUUAGUGGACGCCCGAGGCUAGCAUAUGUGAGGCCAGCUCUACCUCUGGGAGUUCAUUAUGAAAGGAUAAAAGACCCCACCGCUCUCAAACCAGGGCCAUAAAACAGGCCCAAGGCGUCAAGAAAUCUGCCACCCAUAGAAGUCCAGAAAGCAGCCCACCUUACCUCGUGCCCUGAAACCCAGAGGUCACAAAAGCAGAUAGACUCUCUCCCACCCUGCAAUUUGAAAAAGACAAUUUCUGGGUCUAACAAACCAUGCCCUGCCUCUCUCUAAGCACUACAAAAAUGUUCUCAGACUUUACAUGGCGUGUUCUCCUGCACCCUCAAAAACCAAGUCACAGGAUUUGGGGGCAUCAGCCUCUCAAGCCAAUAAAAGUUUGCUCUUGU